AUGGAUGAAGCCCUAUUAGCUGCGGCAAGAAAUUACAGUGCUGCUUCAGUGAUGAUUGAAGAAUAUGGCCAACGAGUUAUUCAAGCCAAUGAUCGCAUUUUUUAUCGUUGCCCCAUAUGUAACCAAAUCAGAUGGGUUGCACGUGGUUUUCAAUCAUUCGUAGGUUUUACAUGUUUUCAAUGUCAAUGGAACAGAAUUGCUCAAGGUUGUACACCAAGUUAA